AUGGCGCGGGGCUACGGGUCCUCGCCGGCGGCGCCGGCGGCGGCGGUCCCGAAGCGGGCGCAGGGCCGCGCGGGCAGCGUCCAGGCGCCGAGCGCGCCCUACCAGCACGCGGCGCGCGUGCUCGAGGCGUGGAUCGUCAUCGCCGUCGGCGCCUUGUGCGUCAUGGCGACGACGGGCGUCGUCCUGGGCUACGCGCCGAGCAGCCUGCAGUUCGCCCGGUCCUUCGGCGCGGCGCUGCCGGACGCGCCGCGGCGCGCGCGCGACUACGCGGCGUCCAUCGUCGGGCGGAACCACGACCAAACGAGGGCGUCCGGGCCGAACCGGACGUCGAGCUCCGACUGGCUCCAGACGAAGAACAACCUCACGAAGAUCGCCUGGGCCGCGUCGGACACGGACGCGGCGAAGAAGUUCUUCCUGCGGUACUCGUCGUCCAUGGCGGCGCUGGACGGGUGCGACCCGAGCUGCGAGUGCGGCACGCAGGGCCGCGUCAUGCUCAACGGCACGUCGGGCUUCGGGUUGCACACCGUCGACGCCUUCACGCACCCGUCCGGGGACCUGAACGUGUCGGCCAUCGAGAAGGUCUUCACGCAGAAGGUCGGCGACUCGUCGGCCUACGUCGACGUCUUCGACCACCACGCGGGCCUGUGGGCCCCGGAUUUGGACGACGUCGUCACGAAAAUGAAGCUCCACAACCAGCCCUACUACGCCAUGGCCUGGACGGGAAUGGACGGCGGCACGUACUACAGCGUGCUCGCGCACCACGCGGGGUCGCAGGUCGUCGUGGAGUUCGUCGGAUCGUCGCAGUCGUCGCUGGACCCGGCGGAGAUCCACGAGAUGGACACGCCGCGCUACGGCGGGUCGCUGGCGGACUACGUCGUCAUGCCCUGCUGCAUGAUGACGCCGCUGUGGGUGUCUCGGGCCACGUCGGACGCGGACCGCGACUGGAACUGGUACUCGUCGAAGCUGAACGCGAACCUGACGUUCUCCGCGGACACGCCCGACGGCGUCAAGUACCGCUACGGGACCAUGGCGUCGUCGUCGGCCUGGGAGGUCCACUUCGUGGAGCGGCCCGCGGACGCGGCGGGCGGCAUGACCGUCGCCGACUUGGAGGCGUACUUCAAGGAGACGCACGCGGCCUACGUCCACAGCCCGGCCUGCGGCUUCGACGUCUGGUUCGACAACCACUACGGCGUCGACAUGUGCGGGGGCGGCAACUGCAUGGGCAUGGACGACGACGACCUCGACCCGGAGUCGCUCUACGUCGACGACCUCGUCGAGAGACUCGAGAGCGGGCCCGACGGCGCGGACACGUACCGCAUCUGGAAGCAGAUCUGGCUCGACUGGGGCUGGCUCUACAACAUCUACAUCGUCGAGCCCAACGGCCAGUCCCUCCAGAUCAACGGCUUCCUGAAGCACGCGCCCGCGGACACGCCCCAGUGGAACCAGUCGCUCUGCGGCCAGGGCACCUGCCAGGACUGGGGCUGGCAGCGCGUCGACUAG